AAUGCAGCUCUUCCUUUGUGUGUGGGUUGGGGUCCAGACUCUGCCCCUGUCACUGUCGCAUUCCAAUCCGACCCGCUGCAAAGAGCUUUCCCUCUUCGCUGCGAUCAGUUUUGGCGGCUAAAAUACGCUAACAAAACAUCACCAAAAAGUUCAAUUGGCGACUUCGACCGUCACAUCACAUGGCACUUUGGUAACCGCUCUGUUUCAAACGGUCACACCAACAGAAAUGCCCAACCAAAACCCAGUUGCUGCAGCGACAUCUGACAGCAGCAGCAGCAACAACGCCUACGUCCGGCUACACGUCUCCCCUCUAGACGCCGAACUUCUCCCCGUCGUCCUCAACUCGACCUUGCUUCCCAAGGCUCGCAACGUCUCGUUCCACACGCUCGAAACUUUCCCCGAGAGGCGCUACGGUUUCGUUGAACUCCCCAAGGAAGACGCCGAAAAAGUCCGCAAAAAGUUCAACGGCGCCGUGCUGAGAGGAGCCAAGAUGAAGGUCGAUCCCGCCAAACCAGACAAGAACCCUGCGCCAUUGGGCGAAGAGGUAGCCCUGGCCGACGAGAAGAGCUCCAAAAAGUCCAAGAAGUCGCGCGAUUCUUCUUCGUCUUCGGGGGAGAAGAAGUCGUCCAAGAAGCGCAAGCGCGACAACGCCGACGAGAUCACCGGAGUCGUGCUACCCGAGGGCAGACAGGUCAAGCGAGGAUGGACGUCCGCCGACGAACCCAAGAAGGAGAGGAAGGACAAGCGCGACAAGAAGGGCGAUAAGAAGGAUAAAAAGGACAAGAAGGACAAGAAGAAGCAGCGCGUCAAGUCGAAAUACACGGACCAUGACGAGUGUCUCGUCAAGACGGUGUUGCCGCCUAACAAGGUAGCCAACACGGAGGGCGUGGAGGGUAUGGUCAAGAAGAAGAAGAAGGACAACAAGCGCGAGGUGGUGGUUCAUGAGUUUGCCAAGACGACCAAGUUCCCGACGUUCCUCAAGGCGGCGACGACUUCUGGCUCGAAGAAGGCUCCUCCACAGUUCGACGAGGAGAAGAAGUGCUGGGUGGAUGAGGAUGGUAAUGUGGUGGAGGAGGUCAAAGCCACGCGGAAACCGAGAACUGGCAUGCUCAUGCUUGAUGCUGAGCCCCAGCCCGAGGAGGACUCUUCAUCGUCGUCUGAGGAUGAAGGGGAGACGAGGAUUAUCAAGUUGUAUCAUGAGUCCAGCAGUGAGUCUGAGGACGAAGACGACGAGGAGGAAAAGAAGGAGGACAAGAAGGAGGACGGAUCAAGCAGUGAAGCCGAGGAGAAGUCAGCAGACGAGAAAGAGACCAAGAGCGCUUCUGAACCCACAAAAGAAGAAGAGUCAGCCUCCGAUGCCGAAUCCAGCGACAGCAGCGACGACGAGGACGCUUCUUCUCCCCCAGCAAAGAAAGAAUCAACACCUCCACCAACCGAAAAGGCGGCCGCCUCUUCCAAGGCCACCUCCAGCCCCGCCAAGAACCUCUCAAUCAGGAUUCCUCCUCCUCCCGCAACCCCAGCCAAAACCGAGGUGCACCCCCUGGAGGCGCUCUACAAGAAGCCCAAGGACGGAGAAGCCGCGGCAGAAGCCCAGCCCACCACCGGCUUCAGCUUCUUCGGCGGCGGCAACAACGAAGAUGACAUCGAAGAGGAGGAAGAAGUCACUACUACCGCCGCACGCCCCGCCUCUCUCCAGGUGCCUCUGACUCCCUACACCGAAAAGGAUUUCGAGUCACGCGGUCUUAGAAGCGCCGCGCCCACGCCUGAUACGGCCCACCCGAGCCGGAAGUUCAAGCCGUGGGAGGAUGAUAAUGAGGAUGUCGAGGAGGAGGAGGAUGAAGAUGAGGAUAUGGUGAAUGCCGCCACAGCAACGGGGGCUGCUGAGACUGGUGCUGAAGGAGAGAAGUCUACGAGUGAUUUCCAGAAGUGGUUCUGGGAACACCGUGGUGAUCUUAAUCGGUCGUGGAAGAAGCGGAGGAAGUUGGUGGGUAAGGAGAAGAGGUAUAGAGAGAAUAGGGCGAGGAUGGCGAGGGCUAUUUGAGGUAUCUAUUGCCUAUCUACCUUCAGUUGUUUUCAGUAUCAUCUCCUUAUCGUGUCAGAUUAGCUGAUCCAGACUAGUAGGAUGGAUAUCAAAGGUCUCGUGUUCAAUACAUGGUUAUACAAACCUCCUACUCCGGCCGUCAUCUUAUAUCUUUCCACAUCUUUUGAUACUAUUUUUACCAUUGUGCUUUAUACUACUCUUUACAUCAUUAUUGACCUAUAUGGUCCUUCCUUUCUUGAUUAUUGAGCCAAAACUGUGAUGGC